GAUUUGUGAGUGUCGGGGUGAUGACGGAAUCUUUCGUCAGAAAAUAUACACGUUUGGACGCAUGGAUAAUGCUGUCACCUGGUCAAGACGGCCAGUCUAAUACUUACUCGCAUGGUAAUAUCGUUCUUCAAGGUGCACCCUGCGGUCAAUGUCGAGAUUUAUGCCCGGCGGGAUACGUUCCACACUUUUGGCGGAAAAACGAGAAAAAAGAGAAAACAAAGUUUUAUUCUUACAAUGCGUUAUCAGUGCAAGUGAAAUCAAUCAUGUUCCAUGCUAAUUGUUGUUUCUGCGUUUUACCGACUGAGCAGAGUUAUCAUUACCCACCGAAAUGUUUUCAAAAGAAAUGUAUGAUGGCGCGAUCAAUGGCGACGCGUAUAUGCCUCUGUAAUAUCGACUAA